UUGUCGCAUAGACUACAGGUCCUCAAAACCGAAUGAACGCGAUUUAUGAUUAACGAUUAUAUUAUAAUAAUAAUGUUAUAUUGACUACGUUUUUCAAUAUUUUGCGUCGUGCCGUGACCGGGUAAUAGCAUAAAAUCUGGCUUCAAAUCUUUUUUUUCGGUUUUAUUAAAUUAUAUUCUCUGUUUGUCCGUUCGAGUUUUUACGAAUACACUUCCGUUUAUUAUAAAUAUACACUAUAUUAAAUGUAUAACGAAUUUGCAGUCAACUGCAAUACGCCAUAAUAGAUACACACACCACAUUUCAUUCGCUGCAUCGACGAAUCAUGAAUCAUUUCCAUUAUUAUGCAGUUGCGUUUGUCUUCGUGAUCGCGUGCAACUACAUUAUGGUCAAAUCCUCUGGACACAGCAGAGACCUUGGAUCUUCAUCUGCGGUGCGCGGGCUUCACAUAAACGAUAUUGACCUAACACAAUAUCAUUGGGAAACAAUGGCCGAUGUACAAACCUACGACCCGCGUACAUACCAUCUCGAAUAUAUUCAAGGCUUAGUUAAAAAAAGGAGGAAACGAGGAUUUUUCUCGAUGAAAAUUCCGAUAUCGUUUACCAAUUCCGUUGCAGACGACGAGGAGGAAACAGUCACCGCGAUCACCACUUCGGACACCGACACCGAUGCCGACACCACAACCCGCACCUUUGCCAACGAGAUGAGUGAGACUGCGGCGAACGUCCAGGCGGCCUAUUGGGAUUUCAUGAACUCGGCCCCAUCGAAAACGACGUACGUCGUGAGCAUCGGGACGGACGUGAAGAAAGCCUUGGUGGAGGCCGCUCCGUACCUGCCACUAGUGAACAGGGUGUCCACGUACAUCGUGCCCGACUUGUCACAGCGUGACGUGCUCGCGUUGUCAGUGAACGUGGCGGCACUCACCACUCAAGGGAUCAAGAACUACUCGAACGCCGAAGUCGCCGAAUCUUCGAGGGAACCCGAUGUUGGUGCUACUAUUAGUCAAUAUGCGACUGGCAUUUACAACAAGUUGAAAGAUGCUUUUAAAUCACAUUUUGGAGAUGUUUUGGAUAAUUCACCAGACGAAGAAAAACCCCAUUCAUCGGAAGAAACACAUGGUAUAUUCGAUACAGUGAAAAGUAAAAUGAAUAUUUUUAGCAGUUUUAUGAAUAGUUAUGACUCACCCAUAACUGAAAACAAUGACGACCAAAUUGAGACUACGACAGUAACACAUACGUACAUAGAAGAUUCUCAAACCCCUAUAACCAACACGAUCAUAACAAAAACGUCGAAAACAUAUGAAAGUGAUGCUGAGCCGAUUCUACAAACAACAUAUGGCGAAACAAAACAUGUCAUAUUAUCUAAUAAACUAUUACAAAAUGGAAAACAUAAUGUUGAUAGAGUAAUAACUGAGAUGAAAAAUGACUCUAAUAGUGACGAAAAUUCAGCGAAUGAAAGUGAAGAAUUUUACGAUGACGAUGAUGUUGAAGCUUAUGAUGACGAUAAUGACGAUGUAAGCAUGAAUGUUGACGACGGGAAUAUGAUCAAUGAUAAUAAUGUCGAAAUAAACGAAAAAGAUUUUAAAAAAGUUAUGCAAGAAUCCAUGAAGUUACAGCCUGAUUUUGUACAAAAUCUUGAUGGCAAGGAGUUGCUGGAACAAAUUGAGGAAUCUCAAAAAUCGCUACCAAAUCCAAAGACCGACAAUAGAAAAAUAUUUAAUGCAUUAAUAGAAGAACUAGAAAUUGAUCAACGCGUUAGCGAUGAUAAAGUAAAUGAGUUAAUCGAUGGCCUCGAAAAAAUUACGAACUAUUUUAUAUCUAGUGGAAUUAAAAAAAAUGAAAUAUUAACGACUCCACCAACGUUACCGAUGAAUUAAGCGUGGAUAUCCAUUGUAAUUGUCAACCGAUUAACAUUUUAAAUAAUAUAAAAUACCAUAUAAAAACUAUUA